ACCGUCGUCGUCUCCUCUUGUUUGCUUUUACAAUUUGUGUGUCCUUUUUGUAGAGACUUCCAAGCGAAAGCUAGCCGUGUUAUUUUUCUGUCCCAGUUUGCCAACAAGAUGGCCGCCAGGAAGCGUUUCACACUUUCCGCUCUGGAGGUGACGCUGACCGUCCUCUUUGUGGUCAUGACGACCGUCAGCGUCACUCUGAUCACCAUGACGGCCACCCGCGGCGCGACCACCUGUCUCGGCCCGACUCCGGACCCGAAGCCGUCUUACCUGAUCGGAGUGGGACGCGCCGAUUGCACCGGACCCCCGGCUGAACUUCCUCUGAUGGGCUACGCCAACCCUCAGCAGACGGCUGCGGGAAUUCACACCCGUUUGUUCAGUCGCGCCUUCAUCAUCAACGACGGUCGCCGCCGAGUCCUCUUUGUCACGGUGGACGUGGGAAUGAUCUCGCAGAGGCUCAGGUUGGAGGUCCUGAAGGCCCUGCAAGCCAAAUACGGCAACCAGUAUCGGCAAGACAACGUGGUGCUGAGCGGCACGCACACGCACUCGGGGCCGGCCGGGUACUUUCAGUACACGCUUUUCAUGAUCAGCAGCAAAGGUUACCUCAAGUCAUCGGUGCAGCCGCUCGUCAAAGGCAUCGUCAAGAGUGUCGAGCGAGCCCACAGCACGCUGCGGCCGGGACGGAUCUACAAGAAUCGAGGACGCGUGGAUGCCAGCAGCGUCAACCGAAGCCCUCAUUCUUACCGCAACAACCCGCAGGAGGAGCAAAACAGGUAUGACGACAACGUGGACAAAGACAUGGUGCUUCUCAAGUUUACCGAUCUGGACGGGGAUGGCAUCGGCGUGCUUGGCUGGUUCGCGGUGCACGCAGUCAGCAUGAAGACCACCAAUCGUCUGGUGAGCAGCGACAACAUGGGCUAUGCAGCCUACCUGAUGGAGAAGCACAAGAACCCCGCCGCGCUCCCCGGACAGGCAGCUUUUGUGGCUGCUUUCUCCUCCAGUAACCUUGGUGACGUGACUCCGAACAUUGAAGGCCCUCACUGCGUCAACUCUGGACUGGCCUGUGACUACUUGAACAGCUCGUGUCCUGACGGAGGGACAAAGGAGUGCCAAGCGUUUGGACCCGGGGAAGACAUGUUUGACAGCACCAGUAUCAUCGCCCAUAACAUCUUCACGAAGGCCAAGGAACUUUACGCCAGCGCGGUGGACCAAGUGACGGGCUCGGUUUAUUCGGCUCAUCAGUGGGUCAACAUGACGGACGUCACGGUCGACAUCAAUGCCACGCACGCGGUGAGGACGUGCAAGCCAGCGCUGGGUCACAGUUUUGCUGCAGGAACCACAGAUGGAGGAGGAGACCUCAACUUCACCCAAGGUUCUACAUGGACCUUGACAUACGUUUGGACACUACAUGUUUACUUGUUGCACAUGGUAGGUGCGGUGGAGGGCGACCCGUUUUGGGACGGCAUCCGAGACGCCCUGCUGGGUGAGCCAUCCAACCAAACGCAGGAAUGUCACUGGCCCAAGCCCAUCCUGUUCAGCACCGGAGAGAUGAACUGGCCGUUGCCGUGGCACCCAGAAAUUGUUGAUGUGCAGAUCUUCACUGUUGGAUCUCUAGCGGUUGUUGCUGUUCCUGGAGAGAUGACCACCAUGGCAGGCAGAAGGCUCAGAGAAGCCGUUAAACAGGAGCUUCAGCGAGGCGAGGCCUUCUCAGACGCAGACGUGGUGAUCGCCGGUCUGAGCAACGUGUACACGCACUACAUCAGCACCUACGAGGAGUACCAGGUUCAGAGGUACGAGGGCGCGUCCACCAUCUACGGCCCGCACACGCUCAGCGCCUACAUCCUGAAAUUCAGCCACUUGGCACGCGCCAUCGCUCAGGACCGACUUGGCACGCUUGCCCCGGGUCCGCCUCCUCCGUUCUUCCAGAAGAAUCUUUUCAACCUGCUACCCGCGGCGACACUUGACAGGAAACCGGACAACAGCAGCUUUGGAGAUGUCCUGGAGGAGGUCCUCCCUGUCUACAGACGGGGCGACGUAGUGUCCGUCACCUUUGUGGCAGGAAAUCCCCGACACUCAGGAGACGUGAGGGAUCGAAGCUUUGUCGCGGUGGAGAUGCAGGAUGACGCUGGCGCCGACAGAUGGACGUUGGUCCAUACUGACGCCUCGUGGGAGACCAGGUUCCUCUGGGUGAAAGGCUCAGAGCGGCGGAGCAACGCCACAGUGGAGUGGCGCAUCCCGGCCGACGCCCCUGCCGCUUCCUACAGGAUCAAACACUUUGGCCACUACAAGAGCAUGAAAGGCCUGCGACCGCUCAUCACACCCUACCAGGGCAUGUCCCGCGUCUUUCGGGUCAUCGACAGCUUCUACUCCGAGUGAUCGGCGCUUGUGACUUGCUGCUCCUUUGC